AUGGGCGAGUACUCGAAAGCACUUUCAUCGUAUGAACGAUCACUUGAAAUCAAAAAAAUAGCUCUCCCUCCGAAUCAUCCCUCCUUGGCUCCUUCCUACAACAACAUCGGUUCGGUGUAUGAUAACAUGGGCGAGUACUCGAAAGCACUUUCGUCCUUUGAACGAUCACUUGAAAUCCGAACAACAGCUCUCCCUCCGAAUCAUCCCUCCUUGGCUGCUUCCUACAACAACAUCGGUUCGGUGUAUGAUAACAUGGGCGAGUACUCGAAAGCACUUUCAUCGUAUGAACGAGCACUUGAAAUCCAAAAAAUAGCUCUCCCUCCGAAUCAUUCCGACUUGGCUGGUCCCUACAACAACAUCGGUUUGGUGUAUAAUAACAUGGGCGAGUACUCGAAAGCACUUUCAUCGCACGAACGAUCACUUGAAAUACGAAAAAUAGCUCUCCCUCCGAAUCAUCCCGAUUUGGCUAGUUCCUACAACAACAUCGGUUUGGUGUAUAAUAACAUGGGCGAGUACUCGAAAGCACUUUCAUUGCACGAACGAUCACUUGAAAUCCGAAAAAUAGCUCUCCCUCCGAAUCAUUCCGACUUGGCUUUCUCUUACACUGGUAUCGCUUUGGUGUAUAAUAACAUGGGCCAGUACUCAAAAGCACUUUCAUCGUCUGAACGAUCGCUUGAAAUCCGAAAAACAGCUCUUCCCCAAAAUCAUCCCGACUUGGCUACUUCCUACAACGACAUCGGUUUGGUGUAUGAUAACAUGGGCGAGUACACGAAAGCACUUUCAUUUCUCCAAAAAGGACUCGAGAUACGACAAAAAUCACUGCCACCAAAUCAUCCACAUGUUGCGCAGUCGAAAAGAAACAUUGACAAUGUGAAAAAGAAAAUGUAA